AUGAGAGGGGCGGCUUCUGUUCGUCAAAGAACGGGGUGGACGUCGGGCUUACGGGAAGGGGCGCUCACCAGGAAGCUUGGAGCAGCAGUGGAUAACUUCAGGGAGAGGGAAAAGGAGACGUUUUUUAAGAGCAAAGGAAUCGAGGGGGACGUUGAUUCCUUCGACUGGGACGAGUUGCGGCGAAACACGGACGAGAUCGAGCAGCUCCAGAGGGAGGCCGUGGAGCAGUACUGGCGAGACAAGGGUGGGGACCAGAGAGGCCGCGGCGCGCGCUACCCUGGGCGGUGACAACAGCGGCAGCGGCAGCGGCGGUGAUGAUAGAGGCGGCGGCGGUGACGGUGAUAGCGGCAGCGGCGGCGGCAGCGACAGCGGCGGCGGCAGCGGCAGCGGCAGAAGCACCGAUAGCACCCGCGGCAGCGAACUCGCGUGGGUUGUUACCUUCAGACGCUUCAGGACAUGCUCAAGUGUUCAGCGUUGGCGACACAACAACACGGAGGGCAGUUAGUGAGUGCAGGAGCUGGAUGCAGGGAUUGACCUAUUACCGCGUGUUGCCCCCUGAAUGAAGUCGAGGUUUCUUGUGUGAUACACCCGGGAUUCGGGACGGGCUGAAGAAGUACGUCCAUCGAACCAUUACCACCACCACCAUGUAGGUCCUUGAUAGCCGUCGUUUCCGUUCUGGCAUUUUGCAGUUUGUGGGGUGAAGUGUGUCAUGUGUCUCCACCUGAUCGUGAUAUGUGUUCGGGGCCGAUGCGAAGUAUUACGCGGUAGACGGCAGGAAUAUGGGAGGUUUUCCCCAACAGAGGUCCCUGUUGUCAAAGAGCGGCAGGGUAUCCCGGAAGCUACGCUGAUUUUUAUCGAGAGAAUCACCCUCUCUUGUGCAGCUGAUUUUUUCGGGGUUGUAGGGAGUUCACCUUUCACUUUACAGCUGACGAUCCAGUGAUAAACCUGCACACCCUGCUCGGUUAAAACAGGCGGGGUUGGGCAGCAGAAGCUUUGCGAUGUUGUCCGCUACGCGCAGAGUACACAGGUUUUGUGGUGGCGCGCGUUGUGCGUCACGCGCGCAGCCAGAGCUGCUUCUUGAACAGGAAACGAAUGAGAAUGCAGCUUCAUUUGCUGACGUCUUCGAGAAGAAUUGGUCGCAUUCGCUGGUGACAUGUGAUAGUGAACGGGUGGUUUUGGAUGCGGCAAAUCGUUUUGUUGGGCUUGUUUUGUGUGUUGCGACGGUACGGCACUUAAAUCAUUGAGCGUUUUGCGUAUAUUGCAGCAAUUGAAGUUUACUGGACCUGUACAGUAUUUAUGUUCCGGUGGACGCGUUGCACUUGCCCCCCGUUGUGAUGUGGAUAGUUUGUUGUCCUCGAAGGAAUUUGGGGGUUGGAACCCACGGCAGCAAUUUUCAUUUCCGGUGUUUUUGCACGGUCUGUUCUGGGCGCGGGUUUCCGCCUUUCGGUAUAUGUUCGACGCACCCAGCCUGCGCUACAAAGUUGAUGGAGAAUUCCCUUGCCCUUCUUGUGGUGAUUGCCAUUAGUUGUUGACGCGGAAAGGGGCGGUUAUUGCAAGUAUUUUCCUCCGCUCAAAAAAAAAUACAGCUCAGAAUGGCUUGUUGGUGCGUAUGAUGAGUUCAUCGCGGUGGUGCUUUCCUGUUCUUCGUGGAGACACCGAAAGAGGCGGGGAGAUGGCACCCCCCAUAGACCGGCUCUCAAAGAUCGAUUUUUGCACAACCAAGUGACUGCGGAGAGAGCCCGAUACGUUAACGAGGAGAUGCGUCCAAAGCCACCGUUGUUGGGGUUGGAACAAGCUUGGUUGUGAAGCAUUUGUACAAGUCGGUCUAGGGGACAUCUCUCCGCUUCUUGCGUUUUUUUCGUG